UGUGUUUACACUUGGCGGUAGUAGAAGUUGUGCAUUAGUGAAGUUGAUGGCGGUGCGUCGCGUUUUCGGUUUCUGUUGAUCAUCAUCAGCGUUUUAUUAGUCAGUCGGUUGUAGUGAGGAAAAAAAAACGGAAAAUACUACUGAACCGAGUGCAUUGGGUGCUAAAAAACUGCGGUUGCACUUUUUUCUGCCCUUCUUAGUUGCAUGUUUAGCAGCCUCCUGUGAAGUCAGUGUCGGAAGAGCGAACCAGCAUCAGUCUCGAAUGUGUGAUAAAUAGUGGCUCAUCGUGAUCGUGACAGCAACCUGUGUGUAACUUUUGUUGCUGCUCGUAUAUUGCGCGUAUUUUUGUUGCUACUAGUGGAACAGAGCAGUGAACAAAUAAAAAUGGAACGCUGGAAGAGGCAGCUUAGCCGGCUGCAGCCGGUAUCGACGGUCAGCAGUUGGAAUCCGGUUGGCUUGGCGUGAAGUUAGUGUCCAGAACAUAACAGAAGGGUCGGCCCGGACACUGGACGCAGUUUACGGGAAUGAAAUUUAUUCUCUUCGCAUGCCAUCAUCGUUUGUGACGGCUCCGUAGUGGAACAAGCUAUUUUUACACUCCCGUUCCCAGAGAUGCGCCGCGACGCGACUGCUUCAGUAGGACGACCAGGCCUUCGCUAGUGCAAAGUGUGAACAUUUGCAAGUUAACACAGUGCAGAACCGUGCGUGCGUGCGUGCGUGAGUGUGAAUUUUUACUACACCAGUUUUUUUUGUAAACAAUCUAGCGUUUUCCCCGCGUCGACUGUUAACUGUUCAUAAUUGGACCAUUCAGAUCAUUGUUGGAGGCAAACCGGGAAAGACGUACGCGAAAAACUCACAACCUGUAGAUCCUCGUCGUGCCGCGGUCGUUUUCGGAAAAAAAAAAGAAAAAUACAAACAGUGAAAAAGUAAAACUCGAGUGUGUCGCGUUACGAGUGAAAAACAACAGAAAAACUCUGAAAGGACUACGUUCUAACUUCGCUAUAAUCCCCUCCCUUUCUCCACAUCUUGCACCCCUGGACGGAAAGGAAAAGCUGGCGCGGUUGUACAGAACACUGCCAUUAGCUGUUAGUUACCGACGAGCUUCGAGCACGGUAUGAUACGUUGCCCAUACCUUCAUGAGAUGCAUGAACGACUACUGGGACCAACGCCACGCCGAGCGAUUCCGAUAGCCCUUCCUCCCCUGGCGAAGCCGGAAAACACAAACAUCAUGGACCGCGAGAGUGACUGUCUGCUCGAGAGCAGACCCGAAAGUCGACAAAUUGGAACGAUGGUUAAGUUAAACCCAGACGGUUUCGGAUUGCACACAACACCGACACAUCACAAAACGCCACUAGUGCCUUGCAACGGAACCGAUGACGACGAUACGGACGGCGCACUCGGGACCACCGUCAGCGAAUCGGAAGACGAUGACGGAAUUCACCUGCGGACGCACAUUCGCAAGAUAAUCGAAGGUCGCAAGCCGAAAAAUGCCAACUGCCACUUCUGGACCUUUUGGCUGCCGCUGCUGGCCAAGAGAGAAAAGCGACGGAAAAGAACCUCCCUAUUUAUCGUAACUAGUCUAGUCUACGCGAUGCUACUGAUGGUGGUGUGCGUCGCUUACGUAAUUAGUGAUGUAACAACCCAUCGCCUGCCCGUCAUCUACUACGAGGGCUUCUUCACCUACCUGUACGGAGCGAGUAUACUUUUCCUGCUGUACGUGUUCUGCUUCCUGCUGCAAGAGAGUUCCUGCUGCAACGGAAAGCCACAAAAGCCACCCAAAGAGAAGAAACCAAAGAAGGAGAAGAAGCCAAAGAAGGGUGACGCGGAAGCUGGCGGCAAGGAUGGUGGUAAGGACGGUAAGGAUACGGCCGGAAAGGACGGUAAAGACGGUGCCGGUGCUGCCGCCGCCGCCGGCAAAGCCAAGGAGGACAAAUCCAGCAAAGCCUCCAGCAAACCCAGUCCGUAUCAGGAAGUUUACCCGAAGAAGAAACGCGACGUGUUUCGCGAAUCGCAAAAAUCGGCCACCAGCUGCGAUAGCGGUGCGGGCAGCACUAGCUGCCAACCUGGCCACUCCUCGAGCCGGCCCAAGGACUCUACCCCGGAUCCGGAAGUGGCCCUGUCCCCUCGGUGCAAGCGUAAAACUACUCUGGAUCCGGCCCACGGUUCGUUUUUCCUGCGCGUCGGUGCCAUUGCUUUUGGAUUGGGAACAAUGAUCUACACUGGUUUGGAGUUUGGUUCGUUCUUCGAGAUACCGUUCACUUCACCCUGUCACCAGAUUCUGCGUGGCGUGAACCCGCUACUGCAGAUGAUCUUCACCUUCAUGCAGAUGUACUUUAUCUUCAUGAACGCCAGGCUCAACAUUCACCGGUUCAAGGUUUUGGCCCGUUUUGGUCUCAUGCAUAUCGUAGCCACCAACGUUUGCGUCUGGAUUCGAACGCUGGUGCUGGAAUCGUUGAAAGAAAUCACUGCCUACCACCAGCGGCGUGGACCGGCUCCAGAAGACAACGCCAUUUUGGAGAAUAUCCGCCAGCACACGCUGCGGAACGCCGGCAUGGUUUUGGGUACCGAGCUGGGACCACGGGAGGAAGGCGAAUGGGAACCGAUAAAUGUUAACUUAAUCGCACAAGACGACCCAGGCCAAGAUGCCGGAAGUAACGGCAUAUUGUCAAGAAUGGUUCAAAACACUGCCAGAAUUUUGACGGAAGCCACAACCUCACCGUAUAAUUCAGCUCGUACCAACCUCGUAUCAACGACCACCACAACAGCCGCUCCUACCAGUUCUCCGAUUAGAAAUACGAUCACUUCAACCGCCGCCAAUUUGUUCGAACGACUUCGUGACAUUGUAGUUACGGAGAGUACAACAACCUCAACCACCCCGGAUAGAGAUGAUUCACUGAUCGCUUCGACAACUGUUUCAUCAACGGCGUCAACAACCACAACGACGGCUGCCAGCGCUGGUGGAGCCUAUCUGGACCAGUUUAUCGAUCACGUUGACUAUUUGCAGCGCAACAACAGUCUAGAGCAAUCGUACGAGUCGCUGGAAUCGUUGUUCCCGCAAGCAUUCAUUGCUACGUCCACGGUCGCCACCAAUGGAACAGCAAUCAGCUGCGGCCGCGUCAACAUCAUGGGAACGAUCGUGCAGGACUCGGCCCCCUAUCUGUAUCCGUUCAUCAUCGAAUACUCGCUUAUUGGGGCUGCCGUGAUCUACGUAAUGUGGAAGCACAUUGGACGUUAUCCGAAGUUCACUAACGAGGAGGAUUUGGAGCACCGCUUGGAAGUCAUGCUGUCCCGCCGGGCCGUGGUGAUGGCCCAGCAGGCUCGUACCGGCCGUGUUGAUUGCGUUGGCGCUUCCAAGGGACUGUUCUUCGGGCUACUGCUGCUGGUUGGAUCGUUGAUCUGUUUGAUUUUGUUCUUCGUACUGGUCAGACAUCCGCAACUUUCGCUGUUGGCUAUCUAUCUGGCUGAUGCGUCCCACUGCAUUCUGAUGGUGCUGGCCGUGUUUGCGAUUAUCAUUGGUUUUAUUCGCGUCCAAAAUUUGAAAUUCCGCUGCGAGGAGCAGAGCAACCUGAACGACAUCCUGCUGCGCAUCUCCGCCUUCGGGCUGUUCAUCUACGCGACGUUCAGCGUCAUCGCCGGCUCGUUGAAUGCCAUGGAAAGCGAACCGAACCUGCUGGUCAUGGUUACCGGAAUUGUGGCCGUCGUCCAGGUUGUGAUCCAGCUGCUCUUCAUUGCCGACGUUUCGCGCCGCCGCGUCCACCUGCCGGAGCACGACCGCAUCAAACCGGGCCGCCAGAUCGUCACAUUCCUGCUAAUUUGCAACAUCUCCAUGUUUGUCAUCUACACCUUCGAGGCCCAGAAGGUGUUCGCUAAUCCGGUUCAACUAGAUUUCUACGGUUUCAUCGCUUGGUCAUUGAUUCAGCGUGUCACCCUGCCAUUGUGCAUCUUCCACCGAUUCCACAGCGCCGUCACGCUAGCUGAGGUCUGGAAGACCACCUACAAGGCACGUCUGGAGUAAAAGCGAAAGCAAUCGCUGGAACGCACACAUGCACAGAACUGUUUCUACUGAACGAAGAAACGUCAGUCGUCGAACACACCCAAACACACUUACAUUUACAAAUACAUUAAACCGGAGCAGAACAAUGAUUUAUUCACUUUUUCGCUUCGAGAGAUUAAUUUGAACUCGACAAGAACAAAAAAAAAAUAAAGCUUUCCACCGCUCUUUGCUAUGGAAAUGAGCGGCAAGUCUUACGUUGGUAUUUGUGUUGUUUACUUCAAGCUUUAAAUUUUCGGAGAUCAGAGUUUGUUCUGUGUUGGUAGUUGUGAAUCAAUUUUGUUUUGAUUAUUGCCGACUGUACUUAAAUUAUGUAUUUAUUGUACUGUAGUGAGCUUGGAAAGUGUUUUUGUUAGAUUUUAUUUUUUUUUUUCAUAUAACAUGAGAUCCCUUGGCUACUUACGAAUGAAAACUAAUAAACAUAGAACAUACCUUCACCACGUUGUAAUAGUGUAUCGUAAACAUACCAAAUAAGGCAAGUAAACAACUCUAAGAAGAAUCGUAUAUUGGUAGUUAUAAAAUUUGAAAAUUUUACUCAGAAUUUAGAUCGCGUAACAGCACAUCUUCACUCCCAGCAGAAACAAGAAAAAAAACUAAGAGGAACUCAAAGCGAGGAAACAAAUACAGCAAACAGAAAAAAAAACAUUACAUAGAAUCAUUUGGGAUUCCCCGCCGGGAACCUUCUUCCCCCCGGCCCUCCGACGGUUGCUGCGGUUGAAAGUCGGAGGCCGCGGCCGGAUCUCGUUCAAAUCUAUGUGUAGUCGUUAGUCUAGUAACCUGUCACAUAAUUAAGUCGUCAUAACAUACACAGAAACAAAUGAGUUACAAAAUUCUCAUAACUAAACCAUUAGAUGCGAGAGUGCACAUUAGGGGGAGAUCGAGUCCCCCACUCUCAAGCGGUAUAAGAAAUAAAGAGGCAACGAUAAACAGUGGUAGGGCAACCAGAUGAGGAGGAUGAAAAAAAAAACACUAGGAAACAAUACAGCAGCCAUUCACAGCAAGCGAAGCAGACAGUUUUUUUAAUCUUAAUAAUAAAAAAAAACAAUUUGCCCACCAUAUUUACACAAUAUGAAAAACAAAAAUAAUUUAAACAAAAAUAAACAACCGAAUGGUGAAGUCGAACAAAAUAAAGCAUGUCGCAUUUUUUCUAAACUGUUGAGAUUUAUUAUAAAAAAAUUUUGGCAUCAAUAGGCUAACUGGUGGAAAAAAUAAAAUAAAACAAUCCAGUUACAAUGUUGAAAGAAAUUCAAAUGAUUAUAUAUUAUGAGAGUGGUUUUCGUAUAAACAUUUUCAAUUGUACAAAAUACUUAGUAAGCAUCUUGUGUAUCAACAUCAAUUAAUCUUAUCGGUUUUUCGUUUUUUGAAAUAAAUCAAUCUGCCAGAGGCCAGAUUCCUUUACCUAACUUUAGUCAACUUACUACUUCGUGGACCACACAAUACUUUCGAACGACUUUUGCUCGAUUAUUUACGAACGCCGUAGGAAGCAGGAAAACAUCUCAACCUGGUAAAAUUUACAUUAGUCACAAGUACUUUUUGUAGUCACUUUUCAAAGGCCAAAACUAAGCUGUCGAAGUAAAAUACGAUGAUAAAAAAAUACCAUUCCAACAGCUCAAAAGUAGUGAACCAAAAAAAAAAACGAGAACAUUAGAGCGAUUGUAAAAUCGAAAUCGAUAAAAACAAAGACCUAGCUCGGAAACAGACUUAACAAGUAACAUUGAUGUUUAGCUCUUUUAGCAAAGCCAAAUCUUUUGUCAACUGUGGACAAAACAGCAACGUAGAAGUCAGAUUAUUCUCGUAGUGUGCUGCUCUAGUACGUGUGCUCAACGUGAAACUCCCAACAACUACAAACACAUACACACGCCACUCCAAGUUCCUUUUGGACGGAAACACACCCAACCCGGUUACAAAAACAACACUGCCGUAUUUUAAAAUCCUCUCAUACACACAACCAAUUGCAUGGUCAACCCACGAUUGAAACACACAUACAACACACUCAGUCACGCACAUCGGCAUCGAAGAAAGUCAACCGCAGCAGGCUUGAACAAGAGUAAGUAGAAGAAAAAACAAUGGCCAAACUUUUACAACCAACUCAGUUUUGCGCUAUGGAAAAACUUAUAAUCAAAAUUUGAAACCAUAAACCCAUAUUUGAUAGAAAAAAAACUGAUGUAAGACAAAAUUACCCACAUAUAUUAUAGUCAGUUCGGCAUGGCGAAAUUCUGGCGCGGAACGCGGAAAAUGAUAUGUCAAACCAAGUCAAGAACAGCACACACACAAGCGCGCGUGCGCGCGUAAAACUGCAAACGCAAUCGGUAAGAAUUUAUUCGGAUGGUAAGAAUAGGUUUUUCUACUCGUUUUAAAACUCUAUAUUUAUAUACAAAAUCUUACGAAGGAAAGCAAAAACUAACCUGAAUAAAGAGAAACGAAAUUAUUCUAUCCCAAAAUGAACGAAAACAAAACCAAAAAAAUGGGUAACAUCAAAAAGGUCAAUAAAAAAUAAAAAUUUAUAAUUCAACGUUGAAUUUUUGUCGAUUUCGUAUUUCGUUAGUAAAGUUGUUCAGUAUUUAUGAGAAGACCAAUCUUACACCAGGAAGAGGUAAAACAAUUUACCCUCCCCCUUUCUAACUAUCUACGUACAUAUGAUUCGACUCUAGGUAUUAUCAGUUGAAGCAGAACAGAAAACAGGAAAGCGUUAAAAUUCCGAGCAAGCUAGGCGAUAGAAUGAUUCAAUAAUCACUAGAAGAAAAGAUUUAUUCAAGAAAAAAAAAAUCUACAUAAGUAGCAUCACAAACACACAUCCAUAAAAAACAACCAAGCAUAGAGAAACAUAAAACAACAAUAGAGAACACUCACACACAACCUGUCAACCGCGCUUUGGAUAGAAACAAACAGAAAACAGAAGUAAAAAAAAACAGCGGCACUCGGAUUGGCCGGAGGUUAAAUCGGAAUCGAGAACCCUUGAUUGCACCGGAAGUGGAUCCACAGAGGCGGCAUAUUUGUAAUGCAAAAAAAAAAAAUAAUAAGACGUUGACGAUGAUGAUGAUGAUGAUUAAAAUGAUGUCUCAAUUUAAUUGUACAAAAAAAAGACAGAACCCAGUAAACAGAUGCAGUGCAAGGUCAUUAAAACAAAUAAAGGAAGAAAGUGAAUAAUAAAAAAAAUCAUAA